CUGACUACAAAAAAAAAUAAAAACUCAAUAUAGUGCUCAAUUCUUCCAGGUUACACAAGCCAAAAUUUUGGACCAUGUCACCAUGAUAGCAUAUCGUUAUGUCGACGUUUCCAUCGUUCUAUAGUUUUUAUUUCUUCUUUUUCUUUAACAAGCAAACAUGUGAAUGACGCAUCAUCCUUUCAACCUUGAAAUUUUUUUAUAUAACCUUUUUUCCCCCCUUUUUCUUUAUCCCCGUUUUCACCCACACAAAAAGUACGAUUGGACGAGUGUCAUUUUAUUCGCUUAUGGUUGGUUGUUCUUUUUUUUGCUGAGCGGAGUUGAAUAGGGUCACACAAGACAACAAGUUUGAGCAAGCAAAAAGCAACUACUCACGUCAUCUCCAAGAUUUGUUCGGAUGUAAGUUGUUCAACCCGCUUAUUGGCCGAUUAGCUGGUGUCCGCCAUUCUGCACUACUCCAUUAAUGAAUGUUCAUUAAAUCCGACAUGCACGCCAACGACAGGGCGAUCGAGAACCUUUUUUUUUUCUUCUAGCUUCUCGAUUGGAUGGUGCGGCCAAUCACAUUAACGGUGUGAACGGCCACCGUUCCUUUUCAACUUUUUGGCACUAAUGAAAUAAAUAUAGAAAACACAAAAUGCCACAAUAAAAAAAGAAGCAAUCCCA